GUAUCUGACGAUGAUAGGUCAGCACGGCAGGAAGAGAUCGUCGUAGGGGGAUCACCAUAGCUAAUCGUACCACCCAAGGUGGCACAGAUUGAAAGCUCUAUCAGCACACAUCCUCUCUUGACCUGAUCACUAUAUCUAUCGACGUUCAACCGGUACGCGAGCACCUAACUACGCGCUCGUACAGUUUCAUUAAAGUCAUAGCUUUAUACAUAGCGUAUACAUUACUUCUCUCCGAGUGUUUACUCGCGAGCGCAAGCGCGCGCCUUUACUCCUUUCAUCCAAUGUGCGAGCGCGAGAGUCGAGUAUCGAGAAAGAGAGAGAGAGUUGGGUCGAGAAGUGAAAGCCUCUCGACCUCUCCCCGCCGCCUUCCCCUAUCAGGGCGCGAUACUACACAGCAGCCGCUUCCGGUUAACCGGAAGUGACGCUCUACGGUGACUACUACCGUAUUUCGUCGGAAUAUUAAUAUUACCAAGCAAACGUAAACCAUCAUCACCGCUCCAGACAGGCAUCAUGGAAGUCGCCACCGAACUAUCACCGUUGUCAGGAUCGGACACACAAUGCAAAAUUACCGAACGAACCUCGUAUUACCCCCAGGAGCCAAAUAAAAGGCCGCAAACCAGGCAAGAGAAGGUUCGAUCGUGUCUCAAGCACAAUUCGUUGACGAUAUUGACUGUGACCGGUGUAUUCGGCGGUGUGGUCCUCGGUAUUAUCUUGAGGAGCUUGCGAACUCAAGGAUGGACGCCGCGCGAGAUCAUGUACAUCAACUACAUAGGAGAUCUGUUUCUCAGAAUGCUGAAGAGUUUGAUUUUACCUCUUAUCAUAUCCAGCCUGGUCUCAGCAAUUGGAUCCCUUGAUCUGUCAUUGAGCGGGAAAAUUGGUGUUCGUGCUAUAGUGUAUUACAUGGUCACCACGAUUAGCGCUGUUGUACUAGGUAUCAUUUUGGUAAUCACUAUCCAGCCGGGUGUGGGAAAUAAUCCUGACAUAAGGACAAAAGAACGAUCUCAAAAUGUCUCGACUAUCGAUACGUUGAUGGACUUGAUUCGGAAUAUGUUUCCCCCGAAUUUAGUAGAGGCAUGUAUCUCUCAACAUAAAACGGAAAUGCAGAAACCGGAAAACAGUACAUCAGAUAACAUGGACGAGUGGAAGCCAGUGUCAAAAAGCGUGUCAGGAACCAAUAUAAUGGGUCUCGUCGUUUUCGCCACGGUGCUUGGUAUAACAUUGGGAAAAAUGGAAGAGCAAGGAAAACCGUUGCUCGUAUUCUUCGAGUCCUUGUCUGGCGCUAUGAUGAUGAUCACUCAUUGGGUGAUUUGGUUGUCGCCUAUUGGUGUACUGUUUCUAGUAGCCGCUAAAAUUACGGAAAUGCAAUCGUUGGACGAAAUAGUUUCCCAACUGGGAAUGUACUUUCUCACCGUGUUGAUAGGCUUGUUGAUACACGGCUUCAUCGUUCUGCCUCUAUUAUAUUUUCUAAUAACGAAGAGAAAUCCAUAUGUAUACAUAUCCAAUUUGGCCCAAGCGUUGGUCACAGCGUUUGGUACGUCCUCAAGCUCCGCUACUCUUCCAAUUGCUAUUAAUUGUUUGGAAGAAGGAAACAAUGUCGAUCCACGAAUUACCAGAUUCGUUUUGCCGAUCGGCGCCACUAUCAAUAUGGAUGGCACGGCUUUAUACGAAGCUGUGGCCGCGAUUUUCAUCGCGCAAGUGCGUCAAGUCAGUCUUAGUUUCGGACAGCUGGUGGCAAUCAGUAUCACAGCGACUGCGGCAAGUAUCGGAGCAGCUGGAAUUCCACAGGCAGGUCUGGUUACGAUGGUAAUGGUAUUGGAUACAGUUCGCCUACCGUCCGAAGACGUAUUCCUUGUCAUUGCUGUUGAUUGGUUAUUAGAUCGUUGUAGAACAACAGUGAACGUAGUAGGUGAUUCUCUCGGGGCAGGAAUUGUGAAUUAUUUAAGCAGAAACGAACUUACUUCGUUGCCACAUAAUGCACAGACGCAAAACGGAGCAGAUCAUCAUACCACGACAUCCAUAUGAAACCGAAGUCGAUAUUAUUAUCGGCAAGAUUUGUAAAUGCUAACAAACAAACGAAGAACGAUGAGCGUUCGCCCCCCCCCCCCCGAUAUUUUGCCCGGUAAAUGUCGUACUCUCCCACCGAACUUUAAAUUUGAAAGUCGAAGACGAAGUUCAGUACAAAUAUAAUAAUAAAAUUCUUCGCAAUCAACAUGCAUAUAAUAGCAAAUAAUAAUAUAUCUAUUAUAUUUUAUUCUAUUCUAGUAGUCAGUCUUCAAAAAGAGACUUUAAUGAUUCUUAUACAAUAUUAUUAGAAAGAUUGAAGCAAUAUUUUUUUGUAUUUAACUACGCUGCUGCCAGAUUCGUUCAAUUAGAGUACAAAAAAUAAUCAAAUGACACGAUCAUGUUUCAAUGGUCAUUUUUCGUUGAUUUUAAUAAUAAGUUACAAGAUCCAAUUGAAAUGAUACGAAAAAACACAAGAGUUGAAAGAUUUGAAGAUUUGAUUUUGUUUAAGUUCAAACUUUAAACAUGUAAAAAAAAAAAAAAAAAAAAAUGUAAGUCAAAAUGAAUCGAGCCUUAAAUUUAUCCGAUUGAUUAAUCAUGUGCCAUAUAUUUAAUCUGUUAGAAACUAUCCUUCCUAAGUUGAAGUUGUUAAAUUGUUUAAAAUAUUUUAUCAUUUAAAACUCAUUUUCUCAAAAUAAUUUCUUUUAUGAAAAAGAAUUUUUUUAAUAUGGCAUAAAAGCUGUUUAAAAAAGUUGGCGAUUUAAUGAUCUUACUGCCUAAGUGUUCUAAUUUAUUCUAAAGGUGUUCUUUUUUAUCUUAUUACUUCUGAACUUCUCGUUUACGGCGAAACAUCAUUCUCUUCUUGCGAAGCAAUAAAAUUGUUAUGCAAAUGUUUAAUUCUAAAAGCAUUUUUUUUAAUUAUAAUAAUAUUUUUAAAUAUAAUAAUUCUCUUGCAUAUAACAAGAAAAAAGAGCGGUACUUUAAAGUAAUGCAAAAAAAAGGAUAUAGAAUGUAGUUGAGAUACAUCCCAUUUUAUAUGAUUAUUUUAGGCAUGUAUUAACAAUAUUAAGUAUUAACGAUAGUUAUACAUAUAUAUUAAACUACGGUUUACAUUUUAAUCUUUUUAUCUUUCACUGCUACAAUGUGAUUAUUAAUUUCUAAAUUUUUAGAAGUAUACUUAUAAAAUAUGUAUAUCUGUAUGUGCAAUUUCUUAUAGAUUAAUAUAUCUGUAAAAAAUUACAGAAAAAUGCAGAAGAGAAGCUGUUUCAAAAUAGCGUUAUAUAUAGAGUAAUAAGAAUAUUAUGAUAUUCAAUAUAUUACAUUACAUUAGACAGAAAAGUGUUCAAUUAUUAAUUAGAAAGAGAAAAAUAUUUUAUUACUCUUUAACAAGAAACGAUCAAAAAUGCAUAAUUAUAGUCUUUUAUACAGUUACAUUUGUGCAUGCAGUAAAUAUAACUGCAUAGUCAAUUUAUAUAUGUAAUUUAUUUACUACUUUAUACCUUUUAUAUGGGUGUAAAUUUAAUUAAAUUUAAAAAAAUGAUUAAA